UACAUAUGAGAACAGAGAGAUAAAAGAGAAAGAGGGAGAGAGGGAGAGAGAGAGAGAGCAGCCGCGCACGCGUGUGUAAAUGAAAAAAAAAAAGAAAAGAAAGUGUGAGGGUGAUAGAGAAUGGAUGAGAAAGAAAGAGAGAGAGCGCGGUAGAGUGGGUGAGUGUGUUUGUUGAUGAAUUGUAUACAGCAAGAUCUCGUAACAGUAUUAUAUGAUACUCGACCUGUCUAUCGUUUUCAUUUUUUAGAAUAUAUUUACAAACAACAGGGCUUGGUUUUUAGAUUCUGAAGAGGAGAAAUAAACCGCAAUUUUCUCAUAAUGGCAGCUACAUUGUUCGUUAUUAAAUUGCCGAAGCAAAAAUCAUGUUUGUCAAAACUCGAACGGAGUAAUUCAAGUUCCGAGCUGUUGUUAGAAACCGCACCUAACUCUGAUUUAUUAUUCGGGGAUAACCAAAACACCAAUUGUUCCUUUAAUGAUAAUAUUUCGUCUACAAAGGUUUGUGAAGCAUCCGAAGCUGUCUCUCCAAAAUCAAGCAAUGACAACACUAUUACAUCUACGGUUUCCAACAACGUCAAUUACAGAAGUGUUGGUAGUGACAGCAGUAAUAUUAGUAAUAAAAAUGAUAAGUCUGGUGCAAACAGUAUUAAUGUUUUGGAUCAAGAGUCCGGUGGAUCGAUAGGAAAGGAUGAUGUUGACGUGCAAAUCAAAAUCAGUGGUUCGGACGUUAAAGGUCAGGGUAACAAUAAAACACUGGCGAUCGAAAAUUCCGCAUCGAGUAACUUGAAUGAAGGAUCACCUCAGCUGGGCGCAGAUUCACGAGAUCGAACAGUGAAAUUGGAGUGUAGAUUCCAAGUGACACCUAUAGAUGAAACAGAACCCGAACAUGAAAUGCAGGAUUUUAUCCCUAAGGAAACCCCUGAAACGAUGGUGAAGAAUAUUCUGGAAGAAUUUUCAGUGAAAAAUGAUAUAUGGACAGACUCUGAUUCCUAUAAGCAAAUUACAUUUAUUGACUGUGGUGUUCCUGCCAGAAUUGAAGACAUAUUGAAGAGACUAAUGGCUAUUGGAAUUGGUCAAAAACUCAAAGGUUCUUCUAUCAGUGUUUUUCCAGCAUCAAUGCAUGUUGAAACUUUUGACCAAAAAAAUUCUGAAGAAAAAAGUAACAAUAUAAACAAAGAAAAUGAAAGCAAAUUCAAGAAAUCCGUGAAGUCCCGUCUAGUUGUGGCACAGGUGGUAGAUUCCGUCCGUGCUGGUGCUGUUUUUACAUUUGACUAUUGUAUGCUCAUAAUUUUAGCAAGUAUGAUUUCUGUUCUUGGUUUGGUAGAAAACAGUUCGGUUGUUUUAGUAGCCAGUAUGUUGAUAUCACCAUUGAUGGGCCCAAUACUGGCUGGGACUUUUGGUAUUGUGAUCCAAAAUUAUUCUUUACGAAAUCUUGGUCUGAGAUCGGAAUCAAUUGGUCUUGCAUUGUGCAUUAUCUGUGGGUUUAUCUUUGGCCUAAUCAUUGGUGCCAUCCAACUCCAAGGAGUGACUGGAUAUAUUGAUGAGUGGCCCACUAUAGAAAUGAAAUCCAGAGGCAUGAGUCGUAGUCUGUGGAUUGGUAUCUUAAUAGCACUUCCAUCCGGUGCUGGAGUGUCUCUGUCUGUUCUGGGUGGUAACUCUGGGCCAUUGGUUGGAGUUGCCAUAUCCGCCUCACUGCUGCCACCUGCUGUCAAUGCUGGAAUGCUGUGGUCAUUUGCUUUACUUUCAGUCAUCAGUCCACCAAAGACAGCUCCACAUGACAAUACCACUGCUGUUUCAGUUAAUGACAACACUCUAGCGUGCUUGCCAUUUCAAGACAAUGCUUACACACCAAUGUACAGCUGUGACAUGGCCAAAGAAAUGGGAAUCAUGGGAACCAUCAGUCUCCUGCUCACUCUACUUAACAUCGUCUGCAUAUUCCUAGUUGGUGUUGUCAUGUUGAAGAUUAAGGAAGUUGUGCCACUAGCUUCAACAGAUGAAACAGCAGAAUUUUGGGAGCAUGAUAUACAAGUGGCCAGGGAUUCCUAUAAGACUGUGAAGGGCCCUGAAUCUUUGUCUUUUAUUACAGAAUAUCAGAAACUUUUAGAGAAAGAAAGAAACAUGGAUCUUAAUAACUUGAGGCACAUGAAUCAACUGUCAAGGAUUUAUGCUGAUGACUUUUAUCAUCCAGAAUUCAGCCCCAGCCCCAAGAGUCCAACAGGAAACUUUGACUUCAGUUCGAAGGUAUACAAAACACUACCAAGCAAUCAAUCGUUCCUAGAUAAAGUCACCCUUGACAAUACUCAGACUUUCCAUGGCUCCACAACACAUGGACAUUAUUCAGAAUUUCUUGACUAUGAGCAGUUUGAGGCAUCCCCUGGAGUGAGAGUAGCACGACCAUUUUCUUUUGUUACUCCUCCUCCCAAGCACUUUCCCACUGAAAUCCAACGCAGCCAUAGCACUCGUGAAAGAACAAAAGAUAAACAUCGGAAAUUUCGGCUAAAACCACUUUUCCAUAAACCAAAAGGUCGAGUUGUGGUGGGCAAGGAGAAAAAGUUUACUGUCACCUCUGUACCGGAAAGUCCCAAACAUCCAUCACAUAAGGGGGAAGGAAGUUACCAAAUGAUCAGUGAGGAAGUGUAAAUAGCAUUGCUGAAGCAAGGGAUGGCUAUCGUGUGUGAAUGCAUCAAUACUUGUGUGUGAAUUUGUGGGAAGAAUGUGUAAGGUUAGUCAGUAAUAUUGAUUUCAAAUUUAGGCACAAGGCCAGCAAGUUCAGGGAAGGAUAUAAGCCAAUUACAUCAGCCCCAGUGUUCAACUGGUACUUACUUUAUAGAACCUGAAAUGACGAAAGACAAAGUCAGCCUCUGCAAAAUUUGAACUCAGAACAUAAAGAGAGAGGAAAUGCCUCUAAGCAUUUCACUCAGUGUGCUAAUGAUUCUGACUUAAUGUUAAUUCGUAACAUUAACACUGCUCUUAUCUGCAAGCCUUGGUAAGGCAGGGAAUAAAUAUUUGUGAAGGUA